GUAUGACGUAAGGGCAAGAUCGAAGGGGAAGAAGAUCAAGACACAUCUCUGCUUCUACGACAUACACGGAAGAAUUCCAAGGUCGGAUAAUCAGUAUAUGUAUAUCUUCAUAGAUAGAGAUACACAGACAUACGGAAUAUAGGGUAGUGGGAUAUGGGUUGCUCCUCUUCGGUUCCAGAUAGGAGUUUGGGACAGAAGGGAGGUCUUAAUCCUGACAAUGGUGCUGCAAAUGACCCUAAGAAUCUCCGCGUGAAGUUGGUACUGCUGGGUGAUUCUGGUGUUGGAAAAAGCUGCAUUGUUCUACGUUUUGUUCGUGGUCAAUUUGAUCCAACAUCAAAGGUUACUGUUGGGGCUUCCUUUCUAUCGCAGACAAUAGCCCUGCAAGAUUUGACUACAGUUAAGUUUGAGAUUUGGGAUACUGCUGGUCAGGAAAGGUAUGCAGCGCUAGCGCCACUUUACUACAGGGGUGCUGCUGUUGCAGUUGUUGUAUAUGACAUCACAAAUCCGGAUUCAUUCAACAAAGCACAAUAUUGGGUCAAGGAAUUGCAGAAGCAUGGAAGCCCCGAUAUAAUCUUGGCCCUUGUGGGGAACAAAGCCGAUCUCAAUGAAAAACGAGAAGUAUCUGUUGAAGAUGGAAAGGAGUAUGCUGAAAAGAAUCAAAUGUUCUUCAUAGAAACCUCUGCUAAGACAGCAGACAAUAUAAACCAGUUGUUCGAGGAGAUUGCGAAGAGGCUGCCACGACCAUCUGUUUCUUGAUCCUCAAGCACAGGGAAGGCAGCGAUUCGAUAUAGAUAUGCCUGUACUCUAUUAUUAUGUAAAUAAAAAAGGAAAAAAAUGGUAUCCAGGUUCUUCUUGGGAGAUUUAUCUAAUUGUGCUUGGCUGCUCCUCAUUUGUGUCAUUUCUAAAUUGAAAGUUGUUACUCCUUUUAAAGUGUGCUCAUUAUUUUGGAUGCCCAACUGUUAUAACAAUAUGUAAGUUUUGGGCACUUCUUAUUUAUUUUUGUUUGAGUGAUAUUCUCUAAUCAGAUUUACUCUUAUUUUUCUUUGCAAGUCAUUUUGUUGGGCGUUCUUGCUGGUAUGAUAUCUGUCCCUAAACCCUAAAUUGGGUCCUGGGUUUUUGUCCGCCUAGGCGCUCUUAUCGCACCUGCUCCUACCCCUCUCGCGCAUGGACAUGUGCUAGGGGCAGGCGGUACUGGAGGAGUAGGUGCGAUAGGAGUCUGGGCAAGAUGUUUUCCAUCCGAAUUGACAGAUAUUCGUUCCAACAAGAGCGUCCAGCCCAUUGACAGAUAUUAUAAGAGAAUAUCGUUUGAACAAAAAUAAACAAGAAAUGUCUAGAACUCAGCAGAUUGUUGUAACAAUGGCCCAUGUGUAAGCCAUCUAGGCAAAAAAUGGUAUCCAACUUCUUGGGAGAUUUAUCUAAUUAUGCAACUCAUAGUCGUGUUUUGUAAGUGUGCUCAUCACUUCGGAUGCCCAAUUUGCUUUCAAAAUGAUUCAUGGAAUGGAGAUAUUACUUGCUAUGUCUA